GGAAGGGGUAUCUGAGCGCUCACUCUCCGGGAAUUUUGGACCCUCGCGCCUUUGCCUGGCUUUCAUUCGCAGCAGCCUGCGCUCGCGCCCCCUCCCGGAAGUGCAGGUCCGGACUUCCGGUGGGCUCCGGGCGUCCGCGCGAGGCGGCGGCGGCGGCGGCGGCGGCGGCGGCGGCUCCCACCGUAACGUUCCCUGACGAAGCGCAUCUGCGAGGCGGGGGCGUCCACCAUGUUCUCCUUCAACAUGUUUGACCACCCGAUUCCCCGGGUCUUCCAGAACCGCUUCUCCACGCAGUACCGCUGCUUCUCCGUGUCCAUGCUCGCGGGGCCUAAUGACAGGUCAGAUGUGGAGAAAGGAGGGAAGAUAAUUAUGCCACCCUCAGCCCUCGACCAACUCAGCCGACUUAACAUCACCUACCCCAUGCUGUUCAAACUGACCAACAAGAACUCGGACCGCAUGACGCACUGUGGCGUGCUGGAGUUUGUGGCUGAUGAGGGCAUCUGCUACCUCCCGCACUGGAUGAUGCAGAACCUGCUGCUGGAGGAGGGGGGCCUGGUUCAGGUAGAGAGCGUCAACCUGCAGGUAGCCACGUACUCCAAGUUCCAGCCCCAGAGCCCCGACUUCCUGGACAUCACCAACCCCAAGGCUGUGUUAGAAAACGCAUUGAGAAACUUUGCGUGUCUGACCACCGGGGAUGUGAUUGCCAUCAACUACAAUGAGAAGAUCUAUGAGCUGCGGGUGAUGGAGACUAAGCCUGACAGGGCUGUGUCCAUCAUCGAGUGUGACAUGAACGUGGACUUCGAUGCUCCACUGGGCUACAAGGAGCCGGAGAGACAAGCCCAGCAUGAGGAGGCAGCCGAAGGCGAAGCUGACCACAGCAGCUAUGCUGGGGAGCUGGGCUUCCGCGCCUUCUCCGGCUCCGGGAAUAGACUGGACGGGAAGAAGAAGGGUGUAGAGCCCAGCCCCUCCCCAAUCAAGCCCGGAGACAUCAAGAGAGGAAUUCCCAACUAUGAAUUUAAACUUGGUAAGAUCACGUUCAUCAGAAAUUCACGUCCACUGGUCAAAAAGGUUGAAGAGGAUGAAGCUGGAGGCAGAUUCGUCGCUUUCUCUGGAGAAGGACAGUCUCUGCGUAAAAAGGGAAGAAAGCCAUAGGUUGGGACCGUUGGCUGAUUGGAAAAUAAAAUAAUUGCAACAUGCUGGCUUUUAGUUACUGGCUCUGACAGGGACACUCUGUCACUUUAGGUCUGUUUAGAGUUACCUAAGAAUUACCAGGUUUCACCUGCAAGUGGACAGCAGGACAGCAGUUUGUGUACGUGAUUUGGGGAAAGAGGAGGCCGUCUCUGAGAUCCCUUACUCACGCUCCUUGCUUUCAGCCCUCGGGGCAUGCCCACAGCCUCAGCUGGAGCAGAGUUCCCUGAUUCCUGCUAAAAACCAGUGAAGGGAUUGAAUUGCUCUAAGUUGUGGUGGUCUUUCUCUUUUUUUCAUUUAUCUUUUCUUUCUCCAGGUCAUAGCUUAGCUGUUGCCUUUGACCUGGAAAAAAGUGGUUUAAACAGAUAAGUGCUCUAUAAAUAGUGGUCAUCCCAUUACUCUGGCUGGAAUUUAAGUAUUUGAGGAAGGGUGUUUCCAUUUUUAUUUUACAUAUUGAUUUUUUUCCCCCCAAGAAACCAUUCCUCAGAAGGAAAACUCGACCUGAAAGCAUUUCUAACUUUGAUUUCAUUUGGAAAUAACUGGCUCCUUAAUGAAUCUGUUCUACUGUAAAACAACUUUGUGGUGAAGCACAAAUGUGACUAUUAGAAUAAAUGAAAGCUAAAGAUACGUUCUUUCUCCUUUCCUACCCCCCACUCCCAGUUUUAAUGUAUUAAAUUUUCCAAAGUUC